ACCAAAACAACACAGGCUUACCCUUUAGGCCUUUACUUCAAUCUCUGUCACCAGUUUCCACUCAAACUAGAUCAUCAUCUUCACAAGGAAAAGAAUUCAACAUCAUCACUCCCUUUGAGCUUGUAAAUUGAUGGUAGUUCAGCCUUUGAGUGCCUCAUAAAAAAUUAUGCUAUGGAGGCCCUCAAUGCAGCUGGUUUAACCCCUCUCUCUGUGCUUUCUGAUGCAAGAAAACAACCCAGAAAAUUCUCAUCACACCCCACAAUAUCUGCAUGCAAAGUCUCAAACUUCUCCACCUCCACCACCAAGAAAAGAACAUUUCAAGAGUGUUUAUCAACAGGUUUACAUGGGGGUCUGAUUCUUGCAGCUUCAGUGGUAAACAGUGGAAUUGCCAAAGCUUUAACCUAUGAAGAAGCACUAGGCCAAUCCAUGAAUCCGAAAAUCUCUAACUCUGGAGAUUUUGAUGCAAAUGGGUUUGUGGAAAGUGUUGCCAGCUUUGCAGGUGAGAACCCUGCAGUUGUUGCUGGAGGGGUUGCUAUUUUGGCAGUGCCAUUGGUUUUGUCUCAGGUUCUGAAGAAGCCUAAGGCGUGGGGUGUUGAGUCGGCGAAGAAUGCGUAUGUGAAGCUUGGUGCUGAUGGGAGUGCUCAGUUGCUUGAUAUAAGAGCACCUGUGGAGAUUAGGCAGGUGGGUACCCCGGAUGUUGGGGGGUUGAAGAAGAAACCGGUGGCCAUAGCUUACAAGGGUGAUGACAAGCCAGGGUUUUUGAAGAAGCUUUCUUUGAAGUUUAAGGAACCUGAGAAUACCACAUUGUUUGUUCUUGACAAAUUUGAUGGGAACUCUGAACUGGUUGCAGAGUUAGUCACCCUUAAUGGAUUCAAAGCUGCUUAUGCAAUUAAGGAUGGUGCAGAAGGACCACGAGGAUGGACGAAUAGUGGUCUUCCAUGGAUAGCACCAAAGAAGGCAUUGAGUUUGGAUUUUGGCAAUCUGACAGAUGUGAUCAAUGAUGCACUAGGAGACACAUCUGAUGGCUUGCCUGUUACUCUUGGGAUUGUUGCAGCUACUGGACUGGGUCUAUUAGCAUUUUCUGAGAUAGAAACAAUUCUCCAACUUGUAGGAUCAGCUGCACUUGUUCAGUUCGCAAGCAAGAAGCUUCUAUUUGCAGAGGACCGGAAGAAAACACUACAGCAAGUUGAUGAGUUCUUGACCACCAAAGUUGCCCCUAAAGAACUUGCUGAUGAAAUUAAGCAAAUUGGAAAGGCUCUUCUACCAACCUCCACCAAUGAUAAGGCUCUUCCAGCACCAACAGAACAAAGUCCAGCGCUUGCUACAGCUGAAAGCACUGUACAGAUAGCAGAAGCUACUCCUGACACGGUCUCCGAGCCCAAAGUAGACGCAGCAGCAGCAUCACCUGCAGCUGAAAGCACUGUACAGAUAGCAGAAGCUGCUCCUGACACAGUCUCCGAGCCCAAAGUAGACGUAGUAGCAGCGUCACUCGCUCCUGAAAUAAACUCAGUGCCCAAAACUGAAGAUAAGGCUGAACCAGUUCCCAAGCAACCAAAAUCACUCUCACCAUACCCAUAUUAUCCAGAUUUCAAGCCUCCAACAUCUCCUACUCCUUCACAGCCAUAGAGCUUCACUUUGUUUUGAUCUUGAAGAGAGUUUUAUAGCAGGCAAAUCAAUUGUUCAAAAUAGCCAGCAGGUAUCAAGAGCUGUACAAUACCACAUCUUAAGAUAAGAUCCAUGUCACAAGUUGUAUAAUUUAUAGUCUCUUUAUAAUUGUCCUUCAAUUUCUGCUAUUUGGUACACUUUUUGUAAUUGAUGGAAGUGUUGUAGUGGUAGUUGUCUAGUUAACAUUCUACUGGUAGUUGUUAUGAAGGGAUUAAGUGUAACAUUUCCAUCUUUCAGUUGUUAAAUAAGCAAAUAACAUUUAAUAUAUGCAAUUAUGUCUUUCUAGGUUCUACUGAUUCAUAAA